CGGUUAUUGGACAAAGUAAGAGCCGUUGUCUUGUUAACACAACAUAACACAAUCUUAAUAAAACUAACAAACAAAUCUUUAAGACACAGAGAUUUUAGAGAGAGAAAGAGAGAGUGGUUUCCUCCAUCACCAUCAUCCAUGGGUUGCGUUUCUUCCAAACACAUAAAAAAAGACACCAACCAUGAUAAAAAUGGUUACAUUAACAUUAACCAUGUUGUUUCUCUCACUUCCUCAACCUUAGGAGCACUCAAAUUAGACAACAACAACAACAACAACAACAACAAUGUUGAUGAUGAUUCAUUCAAUUCCAUUGUUGUUGUUUCAGAAACAGAGCAAAAAACAGAGUCUGAAACAGAGUCAAAAUCAGAUCCAUCACCAAAACACAAAGACCCAGAAACUGUAAUCAACAUCAAUGCUUGGGAACUCAUGGAGGGUCUUGAAGAAGGAGUACCCAUUUCAAAUCUCCCUAAGAAAAGUCCAAAGUCUGCACCUUUUCUUCGUGGGUUUUUGGCUUCUGACACAAGAAGUCCUAUGAAGUUUCUUAAUCAAUUUGGAUCACCCAAAACCUCACUCAAGAAACCUUCAGGGAAAGAAAAUAAGGUUCAACUUAAUAAUUUGGUAAGAGGUGGUGUUAGACGUUUGGAUUAUAGUCCUAAGGGAAUUCUCAAACCCUCCACUGCAAAUUCUUCUCCUAAGAAUUCGAGUUUUUCGCUAAAAGGAUCUCCUUUUUCUGCAAGAAGAAAUAGUUUUGGGAAUGAUAGUGUGAGAAAAAGUCCUAGGCCUUUGUUUGAUCCAGAGAUUAUUGCCUCAUAUGAAAAGGAACUUUCUGAAGAGGGAGAACAAAUCAAGAGAAUUGUUUUCGCUACUCCAAAAACUCGAAGAGCAAGAAAAUCACUUGAUUCAGUUACACUUUUGAAUUUGUUUGAGAAAAACUGUCCUCCUGGUGGAGAAAAUUCUGUUGUAAUUUACACUACUACAUUGAGAGGAAUUAGAAAGACAUUUGAAGAUUGUAACAAAGUUAGAUCCAUAAUUGAAUCGUAUUGUGUUUGUGUCCGCGAGCGCGAUGUGUCUAUGGAUUCCGGGUUUAAGGAGGAGUUGAAGAAGCUUAUGGGAAUGAAACAAGUUCAAGUUCCUGUUGUGUUUGUGAAAGGAAGGUUUAUUGGAGGAGUUGAUGAAGUUGUGAAAUUGGAAGAUGAAGAAAAAUUGGGUGUUCUUUUGGAAGGGAUUCCAAAGGCAUUAGGAAUUUGUGAAGGGUGUGGAGAUUUGAGGUUUGUGAUGUGUAAGGAAUGUAAUGGAAGUUGUAAGGUUUUGGAUGAGAAGCAAAAGAAAACGGUUAAGUGUGGUUAUUGUAAUGAGAAUGGAAUAAUUCGUUGUUCUCUAUGUUGUUGAAAACUGAUUUGUUGUGUGGUUUUUAGGUUUGCAUUUUGGGAUGUUUUAUGUUCUUAAUUUGUAGGAGUAGGGUUCUAAAGAGUGUUUUAGUCCCUUAUUUGUUGUUGAUUAUUUUCUUGCUUCUUGUAUUUGGGACACAAGAUGAUGAUGUUCUUUCACUAAUCUAAUUCAAAUUUCACGUAUAAUUCAUUAGCUUUAGCUUAA